CGUGGACUGUCAGAGUGAAUGUCUUCGAAUUUGCACCUCAUGAUGAACUCGAUCGAGUCUCAUAUCGUCAAUCGACCAUCUCUCCGAACUCUUUGCCCGCCUCGACCUCAGAGCGCGCUCGCAAGCCUGGAAGAUUACUGUGCUCAUCUGUGCCGGCAUCAUGAGAAGACAGCUCUGGUCCGAAUGUCGCGCAACGCAUCAUUGACCAAAUCAUCAACGACGAGUCACUGCGAUUGGCAGCCAUAGUGAUACGUCGACGCGAACCCAACGCAUCAUGCCCUGGAUCGGCCGCACUUCGUCAUCCACCACGAGAUGCUUCUUCUGCCACACCGCUUCCAGCGCUUCAGCAUACGCGUCCACCUCUUCAGCUCCUUCAACACCACGGGUAUGGAGGUGCGAAGAGUGCGGUCAGAUCAAUGCCAGCGAUUGGGAAGUUGGGGAGAAGGCUAGAAGCAUGGAUGCUGCUGGUGCCGCUUUGCAGUACGAAGCGUCGAAGAGCGUCAGAUACGCUUCGCCGAUUGCCAGUGGACAUGCGUCUCUUGGGCUUGGCAGACCCUCGUCGAUGCCUCACAAUGGCCACGAGCUCGCGACGCAACGCUCCAAUUCCCGCUCCUCUGGGAGCAGACGCUGGCCCUCCAACGAGCUGGGCCGAGACACGUCGACGCAGAUCAACAAGGGACCCUUCUGUCAUAGGUGCGCAACAAAUCAGACGAUAGUCACCUCUCUCCUCUCCUCCUACUACCCUCAAAGCGGAUCUGUGUCUGUGCUGGAAGAAGCGCAACUCGAAUCAGAGUAUCCUUCGUACGUCGCUUCGUUGGAAGAACGCUAUCCCACUUUGUGCGAAGUGUGCAGACCAAGGGUGGAAGAGACGAUCAGGGAGAGGGAUAGGAUGGCUAGAGCUCAGGCUUACCAGGGGUGGUUGGGAAGCGCAAGAGCGGAGCGGAAUGGUGGUGCAACGGCGGAACGAUGGCAGGAUCACAGUCAUGUUAGAACGAAUCAGGCACACCUUCCCCGACCUCUUCACAACCCCACAACGCCAGACCUGCAGCACGGCACACGAUUAGGUGUACUCGUCUGGGCCAUCAGAGGAGCGCUUUGGGCAGCAAGCACCGCUGCGGGACUAACUCUGUCGCUGUGUGCGGCAUUGCCGCCCCACCUGGAUCCCAUGCCAUCGCCGAUAGAGCAUCGUGUAGCCCGACUCCUGCUUCUUAGCUUGCCUCUAGCACCGUUUUGGACCUUUUGGGAUCCGUUCUACCUGCGUCUUCUGAGCACGAGAAGACGUCUGGGGGCGAACGUCAAAGUGCGAUAUCACGGCAGACCGCAGUGGCUCCAUACUCAAGCGCUUCUCCUAGUGCUCAGAAGUCUGGGUGCUCUGCUCUGCUUGCAGCUACGUGCGAACAGUGAGGAAAUUCGUGACCCCGCGCUGAAGGCGUCUCACGAUGUUUCGUGGUGGCACAGCGGCAGUACGGCUGCCAGCUGCUCGCUUGUACUGGCGUGGAUCUUCAACAAAGCUUCGAGGACUGUCACUUCCGCAUUCAUGUGCCUCGCACAAGCCUUUCUGCUCUCUAGAGCCUGCCUAGCACUUUCGAUCAGCAGACCCGCAAGUCUGAGGCUUGUGUCCACCUCGACUCCUGCAGCAGGUGCGAGGCGCAGCGAGCCGAGCUUGCGUAGUAGAACACCUUCACCCGAGACUACCUUUGCGGAUCUGAAUCUGGACCCUCUGGCGGCCUCCGCCUCGAAGCUGGGAACACGCAACGGCGGUGUCGACGGCAAGUCCUCCAGGCAACGGCACGUCUUCGGAAGGCCUUCCAUGACGGGUGUUCUUCGUAAUAGCCCGCAAGAGCGCUCGGAUGACUGCAAGAAAAGUCUCCAGCGCCAGCGACAACCUGGCUUCGACACGAAUUUGGACCUUCAUGCCGACUCGAUGGACUGGAUGCCAAGCACCUCUGAUCCUUCCCAGACUGCUCUGCCCAAAGCUUCCCCAUUCAGAGCCCAAUUGGCUCACACGAGCUCGCCAAACGCACCAAUCUUGGGGCGUCAGACGUUUUUCGGCCCCGAUCCUUGCUUGCCCUCGGAUCUGUUGGAUGGGUUCGGCAAGUCUCUGCACUUGUCAGGUACGGAUCCGGCGACUGGAUCCGCUGGUGAUGGUAACGGGAGCAGACGAAAGUCGAGCGCAAGCAGUAGACAAGAACGCAGGAUGAAAGAGCAGAACAGUACGAGAGUUGUUCUGUUCGCAGCGCUUCUGCUCCUUGUUGCUGUAGGACUUGCUGGUGUUCAAAAUUCGCGAAAUACCUCGCACCUCGAACACCUCGACCGACAAAAUCUUGCUCUUGUCAGACUCGUUCAUGGCGCCUGGAACGCUCUCAAGCAGCCUGUACUGCACGCUACCAGCAAAGCGCGGGACUUGUUUCGGUUGCCUCCCAAAAUAGAAACUCGACUGGAGCUAGCAAUCAGGACGCAAACCCCUGCGCCUCCCAGCGUCGAGGACUUGCGUGCGUUGGGUGAGGUAUCGCACGAACCUACUGCCCAAAAUGCGCAGCUCGCCUUCGAAGACGCAGAGCAGCCUGACGAUGGUUGGAGUUCGUGGUCUGCGCCUGCAGAAGAUGCUCUCCUAGCGGAUCAGCCACCAGUCAGCCUCGGCGACCAGUCGAUCAAGAAUGGACAGCAGCGCGAUGCAGAAUCACCUCUGACUUCUGCAAAGACUUAUCCUGCAGAAAGCAGGCAUCAGACCUAUCGCGCCCGCUUCACGCCCAGAGAGUCAUGGUGGUAAACGGGGGCUCUUGUCAAUGAUAGCAAUAAAAAACGGAGCUCUUUCAGAACCUCAAACUGCCAUCGGAGAUGAGCAGGGCGCAAGCAGUCCACUGUCGUGUCUCAUACCUUCUCUUACAUGUACUAAGUCGAGCCCGAUUCAAUAUUGAUACCCUCUCCCGCUCGAGUAAUUGCAAAGGCC